CUGUGUGCACCAGAAACUCCAGCCUCCUUGUGACUAACGUUCCAAUCCUCAUCCAGGUAUCAGAACCCGGACAAAGCGGUCUCUGAGACUCCAGUUUCCAGUUUCGUUUAUCCCGUGGGCGACAAGAGGUCAAAGUUCGCGGUUUUCGCGCGGGCGCCAUGAGAUGUCGCCGGUUCUAGGGGAAGAGAGCGGAAAGAAGUCAGCGAACGUACCCGUCAGCGUUUUUUAAAAGAAGAAACGAGUCUGUUUUUUAGCGUAAUAGAAGUGGCACGGCAGAUCGAGUGACGAACAAAAUGGAGAACGCCAAGGAGGAGACGAUAAACAUGCAGCUUAUCGGAUCCGAGAGUCCGUACAAAGUUAACAAUGAAAUCGCCGGAAGCGGCCAGAACGCGUCGGAAGUUCCAAUAUCACCGGCUACAAACGUAGAAGACUAUGACCCCCAUAAACACCGAAAUAGGCCAAAUCCAACUUCAAACGCGGAGACCCUGAUUCACUUGCUGAAGGGAAGUUUAGGUACAGGGAUCUUGGCGAUGCCGAACGCAUUUUGUAACAGUGGACUUGUGACCGGUGUGAUAGCCACAGUGAUCAUAGGAGUGUUAUGCACUUAUUGCUUGCACAUACUAGUGAAAGCUCAGUAUAAACUGUGUAAACGGUUAAGAGUUCCUAUAUUGAGUUAUCCGAUGAGCAUGAAGUACGCUCUCGAGGAAGGUCCUGUGUGUGUCAAAUGGUUCGCACCCUAUGCACCAGGACUCGUAGACGGGUUCAUGAUAGCGUAUCAAUUGGGAAUAUGCUGCGUUUAUAUCGUAUUUGUAGCGUCGAAUAUAAAGCAGGUGGCGGACCAGUACUGGGAACCAUUGGAUGUUAAAACCCACAUGCUCAUUUUAUUGCUACCGCUGAUUUUGAUAAAUUACGUUAGGAACCUGAAGUUACUGGCGCCGUUCUCGACCCUGGCGAACGCGAUCACGUUCGUCGGUCUUGCCAUGAUCCUGGUCUAUAUGUUCGACGAUCUACCGUCGCCAAGCGAAAGGGAGAUGUUCGGUACAUUGAGAAAUUUCUCCCUGUAUUUUGGAACGACGUUGUUCGCUCUGGAAGCAGUCGGGGUGAUAAUCGCGUUGGAGAACAAUAUGAAGACUCCGCAGUAUUUUGGCGGCUACUGCGGCGUCCUGAACAUCGGAAUGACCAUCAUAGUGGCGCUCUACAUCCUCAUGGGGUUCUUCGGGUACAUAAAAUACGGGUCAGCGGCUGGCGGUAGCGUGACCUUCAAUUUACCCCCUGAUCAGGUUAUGGCGCAAAGCAUCAAGAUAAUGUUCGCUAUCGCCAUUUUCAUCACCCACGCUCUGCAAGGAUACGUCCCUGUCGAGAUAAUAUGGAACACUUACCUGAAUCAAAAGAUUCAAAGGCGAAAAAUCUUCUGGGAGUACGUUUGUCGAACCAUCAUCACAUUGGCGACGUUCACGUUGGCCGUGGUGGUGCCCAGGCUGGGUCUCUUCAUCUCCCUGUUCGGGGCUCUGUGUCUCUCAGCACUGGGGAUCGCGUUCCCAGCGAUCAUCGAGAUCUGCGUGCUGUGGCCGGACAGGGCGCUGGGUCCUUGCAUGAUCAUGCUGGUGAAGAACAUCUUUCUGAUCGUGUUCGGUCUGCUCGGUCUGGUGGUCGGCACCUACGUCAGCAUCGUCGACAUAGUAAACUCCUUCAAGUAAUGCCGACGAUUGAGGAUGGAACAACUCGAGGAAAGCAAAGAGAGAGAGAGAGAGAAAAGAAAUUGGGAACACUCGUUCGCGUAGGGGAGGCGCACCCGCAGCUUCUCUCAGUUUAGCUUACAAGAGCGGCGCCUUAGGUAGACAGUGCCUCGUAAAACGCAGUGGCAGAAAGUAUUUUAGGGAAACGCGACCAGCCGGAGAGCAUUCGGGAUAAAACGCUUCGACCCUACUUUCCUCCUCCUACUUCGCGUAUCACCGCCAUUGUAGCACACCGCGGGACGAGUUUCGUAGAUUUUUAAGCGAUCGGGCGAGAGGAGUGGUGCCUGUGUUGGGCAGACGCUUCGGGGCAGUGGUUUCCAAACUCGUUGGGAUAACAUCAGGCUUGAAAAUAAUGUUCAUAGUCCGCGUCUAAAAAGAGAGACUCGACUUUGGGAAACACUGCUUCAGAGGACUUUAGAGUCUCUGGCGAAGGACGGGUGGGUGGCGUAGAAUAAGAGAAACGCGUACAAUUUGGUCGAGUUUUACUUGUGAUCGACCGAUAGGAAGGUACUAAUUGCAAGGAUGAACAGUAUUAUAAAGAGCCCAGGAGCCAACGACCACGUAGAUGAGCGUCCUUGAACACGAUGCCCAGAUGCAUGACUGAUCUCUAGCUCAAUUUAGCCGCACUAUGUCUGCAAAGUAUUAGAAUAAGAACCAACGUGCACGACUCGAAGUCCGUGGACUUUGGUCCGCUAGAUCCUCCAUUGAAAGUAUCUUAGGUAACUCGUUCGUGAAGUAGGUCUAUAUUAUAUAAGCAAAUUACCCUGUCGAGGUCACUGGUCAAGGCCAUUUUCUAAUCUCAGAGAUCUCGUUCGAGAGAAGAUCGUCGCGAAUGUGCGGACACAUUUUUAUACGCUCUUUCGAAGCAACGAAAAGUUAUGGAGUUGGGGGGGAAUCCAUUCUGGUGACCUUGACAGGUGAAUUUAUUCUGCCUUGACUAAAAUACCGUAGACGACUUAAGUAUCUCCGAAAGAACGUUAGAUACAACAUUUUUAAACCGCUUUCAUUCGUAAUAGACGUUUGUAUAAAUUUACAUCUUCGUCCUUACGAUUAGUACGAUAUUUUGCGAAAUUUUUUAAUCGUCGUCGACUCCCAUUGACUCGUCCGGUCGCCAGACGUUGAUUUCCUGAAUUCAAGCAACUCGUUACUCGAAGAGUAUUAAAUAACCUUGGCACGAAGGCGAUAGAAACGAACGCAAUCAGACAUUUUUAAGCAUCGAACACAUCCAACUAGUGAUUACACAGUGCGUAAUAUUAAUACGAGUGACGGACGAUGCCCAGCACUGGACUCGCGGCGGUCUAGAAAAAAGAAACGAGAACGAUAUGAAAGACAAAAUCGUCGAUUAUAUCUCGCGACAAACGAAACCUGUGAUCGAAGAUUUUAUACAGGAACGAUACGAUGCAUUUCUAUUGAAUUGUUGAACGAGUUACAGAUGUAUACGGACGUUAAUUGUUCUCCAACUUCCGGUAAGAUGUUCGAAGUCGUUCAGGGGCGUUUAUCGGGCGCAUGCAUCGAAGAUGAAAUUCUAAAUGUAAAACGUCAACGCUCGCACCAUUAAAAAAAAAUGAUUUAUUUACGACGAGAAGGAAUCGAACCAGAUAAAGAUCAAUUUAUAAUGCUAUUUAUAAUGUCGUUGCUUCUGACGAAGAAGAUAAAAAUCGAACGAAUUAUGAUUUCGUUGCCCCUGAAGAGGAAUCGAACGAUCGCCAAUUGUGUUCUCCAAACAUCCAAGCCAAACGAAUUGUUGUUUAUUGCAUUCGCUCGGAGGUAAGAGUUCUCGAGGAUCGAUGUUUCCUCUUAACGUCCGAAUCUCGUCGCGAUCGUGCACCACGAUGAAAGAGACCGUCGACACGGACGAGGAGUAUAGUCUAUACGCAGACAAACGUCCAAGCAAUACACGUAGAUCAUUGUUACGCCUUAUUUUUUAUUCGAGAAGCUUGCACAACGACUCUCGCCGCUGCAAGCGGAGCAAGGUAAACCAAAGAAAGUUCAAACGACACCGUGAAUACGAAUCAUCGCUACUUUGUACCGUCACUGCCUGGAACUUGCUCGGAUCAUCGCGCAAAAAGAUAACACAAGAGACAAAAACGGGAAACGAUCGCGAUCUAGCGUCGAAUUGCAUCGCACAAAUCAUCCUCGCAAAUUUUCGUUCGUCGUCGGGACGCUCGCCGAUUCGAAUACACGAAUUUCCUUCGAUUUUCGACGGUUCGUCGUGAACAAUGUCGCGUCAGUUCGUUAAAAUUAUAAAAAAAUAUUUUGCAAACGGCUGCCAUUUAUGUUUUGUUUGUAAUUUCGUUGCUUCCAAAGAAGAGUGUAGCAAAGAUUAACAAGAUUCUUCUUCGGGAAAACUAUUUUUUUAACUAAAAAUUUUAGUGUUACUAAAAAGGAUAAACAAUUUUGAAAACCACGACAGUUGCACGAUGUUAAUAGAUUGUGAUUUCGAGAGAUUGCAAUAGCGACAUUGUUCAUCUGAACAAUUGAAAAGUAAACGAUCACGAAAAGAAAAUGGCGAAAGAAGGGACGAGUUUAUUGUUCGAAAAUCGAAGUUCGUACUUACGAUGAUCGAAUGCAUUAGGUUAUUGGUGAUAGUUUCGCGUCCACGGCAUCCCUGAUUUCCGACUGUAUCGAUUUAUUCAGAAACUAAUCGUCGAUUUUUGUACGUUUCUAAACGGUUUUUUCUUAAGAGAUCCGCAUUUUGUGUGU